AUGAAUUAAAUUUUGUAAAUACCUCCAAAGUAUUAUGCAAAUUACAAUAAGAGUCAACCAAAGGAAUAUUGGGACUAUGAUAAUUUUGAGAAUGAAUGGGGAGUAUCAACUAAAUAAUUAAUGUUAAUAGGAUAGUGAUUAAUAUGAGGUGAUAAGGAAGAUAGGGAGGGGAAAAUAUUCAGAUGUGUAUGAAGGAAUCAAAUAUCCCUAAGGGACAAGAGUAGUGAUUAAAGUGUUGAAACCAGUGAAGAAAUAGAAAAUAAAAAGAGAAACUAAAAUAUUACUCACAAUUAGAGGUCAUCCAAAUGUGAUAGAGUUGUCAGAUAUUGUUAGAGAUCCAUCAUCUAAAACACCAUGUUUGAUUUUUGAUUACAUCGAUCAUGUCGAUUUUAGAAGUUUGUUCCCUAAACUAACUGAUAUUGAUAUAAGAUUCUACCUUUUUGAAUUAAUUAAAGCCUUAGACUAUUGUCAUUCCAAAGGCAUAAUGCAUAGAGAUGUAAAACCACAAAAUAUAAUUGUUGAUCCAAAAAAGAAAUUGUUAAAAUUACUUGAUUUUGGUUUGGCUGAAUAUUACCAUCCAGGACAAGAUUACAACGUGAGAGUUGCUUCACGUUAUUUCAAAGGACCAGAAUUAUUGGUUGACAACAUAUAUUAUGAUUAUUCAUUGGACAUAUGGAGCACUGGAGCUAUGAUGGCAUCUAUGGUAACUGAUUUAGAUAAACUUAGAUCUUUAAAAAAGAACCAUUUUUUUAAGGAUAGGAUAAUUACGAUUAAUUAGUAGUAAUUUCGAAGGUGUUGGGUACUGAAGAGUUACAAGCGUACAUUAAGAAAUAUCGAAUUAGAUUGGAUCCUGUAUUGGAAUCUAAAUUAGGAAAGUAAAAAUCAAAUCUCACUUUUAAUAGUUAUCCAAAAAAAGAGUGGGUUAAAUUUAUUAAUGCAGAAAAUAAACAUUUAUGUGGUGAUGAGGCUAUCGAUAUUCUUUCAAGAAUGCUUGUUUAUGAUCAUGUAAGACUACUCUCUAUUUCAGGCCCUCAGAAUUACACCAAAAGAUGCAAUGGAUCAUCCAUAUUUCUUACCUGUCAAAGGCAAAUGAUUAUCAUUGUUAUUAAAUUU